UGUGCGUGUGGUCUGUACAGUAGAGCACACACACAGCAUCGCAUUCGCCCAUCGUCUCUCUUCCUGCCUGCUCUCCAUUUUCUUUAUCUUCAUCCCAUUCUUUUAGUCCUUUUCUUUUAUCGUGGGUGCUUUCUUUCUUUAAGUUGAACAGAUACACGGAUACAAGAUUCAGCCUUUGCUGCUGCACUGUUUUUUUUGCUCCAGGAGUCUUUUUUCCCCCCAAUUUUUUUUUCCCUCUUUGACGUCCAUGCGUAGUGCUUCUUCUGUGUGUGAAUCAUGCCCCGCUCCUUUCUGGUGAAGAAGAUCAAGCUGGAUGAUUUCUCCUCAUCUCCUGUGGUGGCAUCUAACCAUCAUCAUCAUCAUCACCAUCACCUGGAUGAGUCCUUCACUUUCACGCGCUCUAUCACGGACUCUGUAACCAGUUUGGGCAUCCGGCUGAGUGAGAAUGGCUACAUCCAGGACUACAUCAGUCCAUCAGCCUAUCAGGGUGAGAAAAAGCUUAGCUCGGCUGUGUCUGACCCACUCUAUGCUCCGGUAAACAGUGGAGGAGAGGAGUACUGUGAGCCAGACUUGGAACAUCCGGACAGCCCUCAGUCUGGUCUGACGGCCCGUGGCUACUACAGUGGUGAGUCCGAAAGCCAGAGUGAUGGCUACACGGCAGACGGCUUCUUCAUCUCAGAUGGUCGUUCACGUAGGCGAGGCGAGGCCAAGGAAGCACGCAAAGGUAGUGUGGAAGCAAAGGAAUCGGGAGCAAGACACACAUGCAACGAGUGCGGCAAAACAUACGCCACAUCCUCUAACCUGAGCCGCCACAAGCAGACGCAUCGCAGCCUGGACAGCAAGAUGGCGCGCAAGUGUCCAACAUGUGGGAAGGUGUAUGUGUCCAUGCCAGCGUUGGCUAUGCACGUGCUCACGCAUGACCUCAAGCACAAGUGCAACGUGUGCAGCAAGGCGUUCAGCCGCCCUUGGCUGCUACAGGGUCACAUGCGCUCACACACUGGCGAGAAGCCAUUUGCAUGUGCCCACUGUGGCAAAGCCUUUGCCGAUCGCUCCAACCUGCGCGCCCACAUGCAGACACACUCUGCCUUCAAGCACUACCGCUGCAAGCGCUGUCACAAGACCUUUGCGCUCAAGUCGUACCUGAAUAAGCACUAUGAGUCGGCCUGCUUCAAGGGCUCUGGAGAUGAGGAUGAGUCCGGCUCUGAGAACUGA